CACAUCGCUACCCUGACAACCUUCACGUCACAGAGUAGCCAGACGAGACCGUUCACAUUACAGAAAGUAUCUAUGAACUUUUAACUGUACCACCAAGAGUGAAAUUACAAGACAAUAAACACCUAUACCCGGACAUAAUAUGGAACUGGGUGGAAUAAGGAAAGUGUCCAAGUUUCUGUCUCAACAUCUCGAUGCCAUGGAUAGCGUAGGUUGUGAGGAAUCAGUUGGUGUUAGACGUUUAACGAGUUAUUUAGCUCAAGUGGCCGGUUUCAACUCUAAGACAUGCAGCAGUAUAAUGACUGGUUCUGAAUCAGAAGGAUUUAAUUUUAGCAGCUCUGAUUUGGACAUGAUGUUAGUAAUAAAUGAAGUAAAGGUAGUUCAGCCACACGAUGACAUACAGGAAGGGGAUGUCAAUCACAUGAUUCUGGUCACGGAUGACACUGGUUGUAGACCUGGCUAUACUUUACUCAGGCUUUACAAAGAAGGCGUUGAUCCGGACAAAGAUGUAAUGAGUGCAUUGGCAGAUGUUAAUGGUUCAUUGUAUCUGUCCAGCCUUGUGUAUAUUAACAACGUGUUACCGCCAAAUUGUUACCAACACGGACCCUGCUUAUCGCUUCAGGCAAAUAGUAAAAAUAAAAGGGAAAUAGAUAUUGCAUUUUCUUUCCAUUGCCGGUCUUGGCCUGAUAGUCUCAGUGACUUUAGGUCUCGCACCAUUUAUUGUAGAUGGCCAUCUAGAGAUCUGGUUAAUUAUAUCGUUCGGAAUGGCUGCUACUUCGUUGCAAUCGGUGAUAAACAUUCUAGUAUGAAUGCAAUGCAAUGGCGGAUUUCUUUUGCAAAAGCCGAAAACUCCCUCGUAAUGUCAUUUAAUCACGUACAAUUCAAAACGUACGCUUUACUGAAAAUAUUCCUCAAAGAGUGUCUUGAACGUGAAGAACCAAUUAAGGACUUGCUCUGUUCUUAUUUCAUGAAGACAAUUAUGUUCCAUGCGAUAGAACUCUCCACAAGUUCUAUGUGGGUGGACGAGAACAUUGUACAGUGUUUUUGGUUCUGCUUUACCAUACUUCUGGAAUUUGUACAAACCGGACACUGCCCUAAUUACUUUGUGCUUACCCACAACAUGUUCCUCUCUAACGUCACUGGGGACAACAGGAGGAGACUACUCCAUGUGCUGAAUAAAUACCAGUGUAUGGGGUGGACGUGUUUGUUUCAGUGCCCGAGUCUUCAGUCUUUACCUCAAAUUAUUCACGAAAGUCGUUCAGUUAAUCCAGUUUCAACUCAUAAGCAGAUGGCUUUAGCUGAAAUCAAUCGGGAUUUACUCAUCUAUACACAGCACAAUUUUAUAGGAUUCUACGAUAUUGCGGACAUAUUAAAAAUAAUAAACAGGGCGUUUUUAAAGUGCUCUGGUGACCUUUACUCUGAUAUAGUAUUGCUUGCCACUAUCAAUGCUGUCACGAACACUUCUGGCAACAGCAUUGCGGAUCUGACACGGACCCAAAAUAUCCAACCCAGAGGGCGCUGAUAGAGGAACAUGGCGAA